CCGCCUUUCCCGGGGUUUUUUCAAACCACACGCACGAGGAGGAACCCGUCGAACGAAUAUCAUGCCUGUGUGGAGUGUGCCUGUGUGGGACUUCAAGAUCCCAAACGAGCGCAACUCGUCCUUUGAGAGCACGGAGGAGACGUACAUGGCCGACACAGCCGAAGAUGAUGUUCCUGUGAUCUACACAACCGUGCCGGCAGGCGAGGUUGGUGUUCUUGCGCGCGCAUAUCUGCAAGCAGCACAGAAAGAGUACAAGAAGCUCUUUGACGACAAGAAGCAAGACGGCGAUUCACAAUACCACACCUUCGCCGAGCAGAUCCGGACAAUUGCAACCAAGAAUGGGAUUGAAACCCUUCCACUUGAGUAUGUCCGCAACCAAUAUGAGACAACGAGAUACGUGGAAGACAUGAUGAAGCUGUCCUUCACUGAAGACAUCCAGACCCUGCUGCAGGAAAUUCACAGAGUGGUGGACACGGAAGAGACGCAGGUGACCUUCGACGAGGCGGAAAGCUUCCUUCGUCGUCUUGACGACAUCGCACGCAAAGGACCGGCCGAGUGCAAAGAGUUGGGGCAGUUUCGACAAGAUUUGCAGUCGAGCGUGGAGCCCCGCCACGCUGCCACGGAGAAGAAGAAGGACGUGGAUGUCGCCCACAGAACAGUCUAUGCGCAGCCAUUCUCUGCCAAGCUUCUCUGCCCUGACUGGCAUCUGCACAACGAAUGGUUUCAAGUGUUUGAGCGCAGGGACGAAACGCCAGACUUUUAUUUUUCCGUUCCGUCACGGGAAAGGCGGUUCAACGACCGCAUUUACGGGCCCCUGGUCGAGGCGUGUGCUGGAGCAGCGGUAGACGUCAAGAGCAAAGCGUCGUUUGAAGCUGACCCCGCUGUUCGUGUUGACUAUGCUGUGCGUCUGGUCUCAAACUAUGACUGCUACCCGCUGGUGAUUGAGCUCAAGACCCGCAACGGCAAGCGGGCGCAGGAUGCUGCCAAGGCGCAGGUGCUGGAGUACGCAGCAAAGGCCAUCAAGUCCGCAGGCCCGGAGUGGCGUCGGUUGAACGGAUACUUGUUCCCCUUCGCCAUCACCGUCUGCGCGAAUACAGUGUCCGUGUACGCGUGCACACUGGGUGAGGAGAUGCACGGUGGCGAGGCCUUUCCCAGUGUCCUUUACACAAAACUUGGCGACAUCCACUUGAACAGGCUUGGGCAUGUCAUUGAGUGGCUGCUCGACGAAGAGCACAUGGCGCAUUACGAGAUGAUUUCCGCCAUUGCCCAGGGACGAGAGGACCCUUCUCCCUCAACCCCAGCACUUGCGCCUGAGACGACAGCCACAACUGACAGCGCCUCGGACCCGCCUGCUUGCCCAACCACCAGCACCACCAGCACCAGCGACAAGGAGGAGGAAGCCCAGGCAGAGUCCACGCCACAACAGCAGGCUGUCGACACGCAGUGCAGCGCAAAGACAGCCAAGGCCAAAACCAAAGUCAAAGUCAAAGCCAAUGCCAAAGCCGAAGCCAAAGCCGAAGCCAAGGGCAAGGCCAAAGCCAAACCCGCACCGCAGCAGGGUCGGGGCCACCAGGCAAAGACACGCAGACCGGCAACUCGCGGCGCCUCCAGAGUGUCACAAACACGCAGCGGCGGGCCUGCUAGCGCGGUCGUGAAGAAAACCGACCACUCCGCACCAGCAACCACAAAGGAGCAGCGCCAGCGCCAGCAAGCGAAGACACGUCAAGCCGCAAGUCGCGCCGCUUCGAGCACGCCAGCAAGACCGGGUACCGGGCGUAGCCGCACAGUGAAGAAAACCCGCCCGACCACAGCCGCGACCGCACGGCGACGGCGUCAGCAACCCAAGGCAGGCAAAGCCACAACAACAUCCACAACACCAUCCAAAACACCAUCCAAAACACCAUCCACAACACCAUCCACAACACCAUCUCGUUCCGCCACCACAACAGCCCCAACAAGAACACCAAGCACCAAAGCAGACACCAAGACUGACACAGCAGGCAGCAGCAAGGCUGAGCAGCGUCAGCAUGCAGUCACCAAAAGAGCCAGGGCCAGGUCUGCCAAAGUUGCCACGAGAUACGAGAUGUGCGUCUACAAAGGCGGCGAAGACACGGCAGCGGUUGCAAUGGUGAACGGCAAGAUGUUGAAGGUGUGUAGCGGCCAGGGCGUUUAUCGUUCUCGGAAGGUCUACAGAACAGUGGAGGCUGCCAGGAAAGAGGUGGCUGCAAUUAGGAGAAUUAACUCUUACUAUUCCGCGGAAACGGAAUUGGAAGAGCUGGGUGUCAGGGAAGAGGAGGCUGACAGGGAGCUGCAGGCCUGGCAACUGCUCUAUCCGGACGAAAAGGUGGAAGUGCUCGAGCGGUCACGCCGUUUCCUUGAUUUGCGUCUUGUUCUUGCCUUUCCCCAUCUAGCGCCGACCGAAAGAGGCACGGGCAUCAAGGACAAGGAGGCGCUUACAACCGCUGCUGGAUACCUCCUUAUUUUGUCGAAGAACAAUCUCUGUCACUGCGACAUCCGCUCGCACAACAUCCUGCCCAACGGCUGCAUCGUGGACUUUGGUCUCAUGUGCAAACCCGGCAAGAUGCUUCACUCGUCUUAUUUCACGCGGCUUCGGGAGCGCCCUCGCCGUGUGCUGCAUGCCAACCCAAGGGGAUACAUUCGUGCGAAGGUUGCUUCGGAUUGGGAGUCGCUGCUGCUUUCCUACGUGUUCUCGCCCGGUACUGUCCGAUCUGCCAUGCUCCGGUUGCUUGAGGGCAAGGCGAUCCUGCUGCAGUGGCUGGCAGACAAGCGGGCUGAGCUCUUGGACAACGACGACGACAAGGAGACAGCAGAGCUGCUGCACGAGAUUAUGCAGCACAUUGCCCGCGUGUACUUUUGAGCUUGACGUGCGGCUUGCAUGAUAUGCUCAGUGGCACUUUGGACGUGUUUGUGUGUGUGUGUGUGUGUGAGUGUGCUGUGUUGUGUGUUAUGUAUUGGGGUGUGUGUGUUGUGUAUUGCUCGAGACAUGUUGAUCAUGGUUUAUUGCCAUCUAUGGUUGCUUCCUUCUGCAUCGCGUGACCAAGUACACAAUUCGAAGUCAA